AUGUUUUCAGUUUUGCCAGCUCAAACAUUAUUUGAUCAAUCACAACUUUGGAAUAGACGUAUGUUUGGAGGAAACCUGCCAAACGCUUCCCAGCAAUAUAAAAGAAGAAGAGGUUAUUCAGGGCCUAUAAGAUGUGACUGUACUAGUCCUGAUAGAGAAAGUUCAUUUAGUGGUGAUGAUUACAAAGGAAAUAGUAGUAGUUCUCAAGCGAUAACGUACUCAGUUGAUAAAAUCUCAGAGGGGUUCGUCUUAAGUAUACUAAAAGAAAUACCUGAAAGAGAAAUUUAUUCAGUUAUCUAUUCAAAGGCCAAGGAUAUUAAGGAACGUAAUUAUAGACCUAGUUAUAACAUAGUUCGUGAUAUAUUUGGUAAUGAGUAUUAUGUUGAAGAGAAGUGUGAAGAAGACGACGACGACGACGAAUUAAUACGAGCAGCAAUGUCACAAAUAGAUUUAAACUCUGUCGGUAAGAAGUUGUCCCGAGAAUCCUAUCAAGAUUAUAAUAUUGAGAUUGAACGUAGAGGAUCUAGUGUUUGCAUAUCUAGCUCUAAGGAUAAUUUCAAUAAAGAAUUUGAAUUUGGUAUUAAUAUUGAAGAUGCCGUUGUAAUUGAUUGUAACAUUGAAAAGAAAUACAAUCAAAUUGGCAAAGAGAUUUAUUACACGGUUUUAAAGAUAGGAAUUACAGAAAAGCAAGAGGCCAAGGAACUAUCUGACAAAUCUGGGGUACGAGUGACCCCAUCCUCAUCGACACAUAAAAAAAAGUAUCAUUAUAAAAAACAUAGAGAAUCUCAAAGUAGUUCUAAACAUCAUAAUCACCAUUACAGUCAAAAUAAAAGAAAGCGAACUAACAGUACUAAGCCAGUACUUGAAGAGAUUGAAGAUAUUGAAUUUGUCAAUUACGAGGAGUCUCUUCAAAUGAACCCGCCAUGUCUAUCACUGAUAGAGGAAAUUCAAGCAUAA